AUGGUGCGCUCUUGGCUCUUCGCCUUGUAUCUGGGCGUGUGGCUCAGUAGCACACAGGCCGAGGGCUUUGCUUCCUGCGUUCAAAAUGGCGGCGAAUGGCUCGAGCUCGAGAAUGGACAACGCAUGUGCUUGUGCCCGCCCGACAAUGCCUGUCGAGUUCGGCAUACGGGUCGCUCCAGUCCGGCCUGCGGUCAUCAGAUCCUGUUCGUAAAAAGCAGGCUUCGUGAUCGAGUUCCAGCCGACUGUGAGAACUGUGUUUGCCGACAAGUCCCCAUUGUCUUGCCACGCUUCAUCAUGGCCUCGAUUCCUCGCAGCGGCAACACAUGGUCCCGGGACAUGGUCGAGCUCAUCACCAGACGCGCCUCUCAUUCAGAUGACUUUGUUAUUGCAAAGACCCACAGUCCCUUCAUCUAUGUGCGAAAGGGGCAUCAACGCGAACUCACCAAUUUCAGUGAUGUGGGCAUUGGUAAUUUUCACAUCCUGCCCACUCGCAACCCGCUCGACAACCACGACGCCUGGCUGCGCUGGCUGGACAAGGAGGGGCAUAGCCCGCAGAUCGUCAAUUGGCCCCUGGAUCGCUUUAUCGAUCACUGGAUCAACUUUCACGUCACUUGGCAUAACACGCUGCCAUUGGCCAACAUUCCGAAAUUUGUGUAUCGUUUCGAGGAUCUGAGCUCGUUUGAUAUGCGUGCGCGAAUUUUCCAUCGCCUGGCCAAUGUUCUGCCCUACGGCCCCCGUGAAGCUGGGGACGAGGUGAUCCGUGACAUGGCGGGGAUUAAGCAGGUGCUUCAGGACCGUCGAGUGGCGACGCUAACCACAAACAACCACGCCAACUACGACGUCCUUUGGAAUGGCUACAAGCGCUACUCUGCAGCUAACAUCACCUACGUCCUCGAGCGCACUCGCCCGGCGCUCACACACGGUAGCCGGGCGAGCGCGGAACAACCCAGCAAUGAGCGGCUUGAGUUUCUCGGAGACCGUGUUCUCAACCUCGCCGCUGCCGAGCACCUGUACCAUGCCUUCCCAAAAGAAGGUGAAGGCGUACUGACGAAGAAAUUAAGCGCAAUGGUCAAUGCCCAGGCUCUCCACGGCAUGGCCAAACGCCUCAAGCUCGACCAACAUAUUCAGGUGAUUGAAGGAGUGGACCUUUCCGAACGGACCCGCGUACUCGGCGAUGCCGUGGAAGCACUCUUGGGCGCCAUAUUGCUUGACGGUGGCUGGCCGGCAGCUCUGGCUGUGACUCACCACCUCUGGUCCAUCUCACAUACCCCCACCCGAACCAACUUCAAGGAAGCGCUUCAGAUUUUGGCUCAAAAAUUCGAGCCACAUGAGCUCCCUAUCUACACACCACGCGGUUGUGACGAGAGCGAGAGCGUUCGAACGUGGCACGUCAGAGUCGAAGCCAAUCUGCCCAGCUCCUGGUGGGGCCCCAUCCAACUCAUGGGGCAUGGCCAGGGGACAAGCAUCAAGGCUGCAGAACAAGCCGCUGCUAUUUCUGUGCUUAAACAGCUGAACAUCGACUCAGAACCCAAUGAGGCCUUGGCUGCACUGCAGCGCAGGACCGUGCAGCCCUCCACUGAGGGCGUCUAUACGACUCGUGCCGAAGCAUCCAAUAAGGAAGCGAGCUUCUUUUCCACGGCUCGAGUUGCAUGCAAGAGGGAGGUCACGCUACGAAAGUGGCAGGCCGACGGAUCUGGCCCCUCGAUUCGCAAGGCAGAGCAAGCGGCAGCCCAGGCCCUGCUGCAUGCAAUUCAAGAUGCACUGCCAGAAGUUACUGACCUGGAGAUGAUGUUGGCACCGCCGACUUCGUGA